UAUGAUGCAGGUAGUCACCAUUUUGGCUGUGUGGGCUAGCAGAGGCUAGCUGUGGGUGUAAUCUUCCUCAGACCGUCGUUACUUCGUUCAGGUUUAUUUCUUCCAGUGGACAGAGGGGGGUUUCCGCCCUCAAGCCCAAACUCAAAGCUUUCUUCGUCGGGGAAAUGGACGGAGAGGAGGACGAUCUAAUGUCCGGGAACCGCUCCGAUGAUGGAGGCGGCACGCCGGUUCAGGAUGAACACCCAGCAUCAGAUGGCGAGGAGAUGAGGAGCGCCGGGCGCCGCUCUGAGGACGAGGGCAGCAACGACGAGGACGACGCCAUGGUGACAGGUGGCGGGGCCAGCGGCUCUGACAACGAGGACUGCCGCAGGGCCGACAGCGACUCGGAGGGCGAGGGCCCCGGGGGCCGUGAUGACAAAAGUGACUCUGAGGCGGAGGCGCCGAGGCCCGCCGACAGCGACGAUGAGGAUGGCUCAUCUUCAGUGAAACGCAGGGUGAGCGCGUCCGAGGAGGAGGAGUCGCCGCCAGAGAAACGCAGGACGAGCGGCUCAGAUAACGAGGCCUCAUCGCCGCUCAAACACGGAGCAUCUGACAACGAGGAGGGGGCGUCCCCGCCGCCCAAGCGGAGAGGGAGCAGCUCGGAUGUGGAGGAGCGGCCCAAAGCGGCGGCAGAAAGCGAUUCUGACAACGAGGAUGCCAAAGCCGCGGCGUCCCCAGAGCGCCGCUCCAAUGCUGACAGUGACUCUGACACAGAGACGCCUGCCAGACGCAAGGCGGCGCAGAUAGACUCGGAUGAGGAGGAGAAACGGGAGGAGGAAGGAGGAGGGGAGAAGUGGAAGGGGGUCAUGCAGUCAGACAGCGAGGAGGAGGAAGAGGAAGGGCGGAGGAAGACUGCAGCAGGAAGUGAUGGAGAGCAGCAGGAGGAAGAGGAGAGGCAGCAGAGAGGUGACAGCGACGAGGACGACGAGAAGCCAGUGAAGAGGAAGAAGGCCAUCCUGUCCGACAGCGAGGACGAGGACGAGGAGAAGGCGGAGAAACCAGUGGCGAAGAGGAACCGGGCGGUGUCGGACGACGAGAACUCAGACAGUGACGCCGACUUCGGGGGUCCCGAUAAAAGUUUGGCCGCCAAAUUGAGAGAGCUCGGCUCAGACAGCGAGAGCGAGGAGGACGACCGAGCAAAGGCGGCGGGGAACAAGGACGAGAAAGCGCUGUUUGGCAGCGACAGCGACUCCGGAGAAGACCAGGAGGAGAAGAUGAUCGCAGACAUCUUUGGCGAGUCUGGAGAUGAGGAGGAGUUCACGGGUUUCAACCAGGAGGACCUGGAGGGCGACGGCAAGGCGAAGCAGAAGGUGCAGGCGGAGGAGGAGUCAGACUCUGACGAGGGCGUCGACCGCAGCGGCCAAGACACCAGCAUGAUGUCAGACUUCGACAUCAUGCUCGCCCGGAGGAAAGCCAUGAACAGCAAGAAGAGGCGGCACCGCGAUGGAGGCACGUUCAUCAGCGACGCCGACGACGUGGUCAACGCCAUGAUCACCAAGAUGAACGAGGCUGCGGAGGAAGAUCGAGCUCUGAACAGCCAGAAGAAACCAGCGCUGAAGAAGCUCAUGCUGCUGCCGCAGGUCGUCAUGCACCUGAAGAAGCAGGACUUGAAGGAGACAUUCAUCGACAGCGGCGUGAUGUCGGCCAUUAAAGAGUGGAUCAGCCCUCUUCCUGACAAAUCUCUGCCCGCUCUCAGGAUCAGAGAGGAGCUGCUCAGGAUACUGCAGGAGCUGCCCAGCGUGAGUCAGGAGACGCUGAAGCACAGCGGCAUCGGGCGGGCCGUCAUGUUCCUGUACAAACAUCCCAAAGAGUCUCGAGCCAACAAAGACCUCGCUCUCAAACUCAUCAACGAGUGGUCGCGGCCGAUCUUCGGUCUGACGUCGAACUAUAAGGGGAUGACGAGAGAGGAGCGGCAGCAGAGAGAUCUGGAUCAGCAGAUGCCUCAGAGACGGCGCCUAAGUCAGCCUCAGAAGGUGGAGAGGGCAGAGGAACCUGAUGUCUUUUCUCCACCAACCAGUUCUGGAGGUCAGACGCCUCGCAGAGACCUGGAGAAGCAGCUGACCGGAGAGGAGAAAGCUCUGCGGCCCGGAGACCCCGGGUUCUGCGCCCGGGCUCGAGUCCCGAUGCCCUCGAACAAAGACUACGUGGUUCGGCCCAAAUGGAACGUGGAGGGGGACUCCAGCAGGGGUCCGGUGAGGAAGAGUUUGUCCCGUGUUGAUAAACAGAUGCGUAGAUUUGCUGACAUCCGGCGCCUGACGAAGACGGGUCACGCUGUUAAAAUCAGCGUGGAAGGCAAUCGAAUGCCACUCUGAUUCAUUUUUUUUCUGCUCUAAACUCAGUAGGAUUUAUCGUUUUUACUUUUUAUUGUUUUGUUUCUGAACAAACCCGCAGCUUUGCCCUCCUCAGGUCCAGCUCUGCCUUACUGAAAAAAGGGGCUGUUGUCAGACCGUGUUGGCUUCAGUUCAAAUGUGUUAUCUGCUGUAAACUUGUCUGUCCUCUGAACAAAACGCAUGAAAGACUCCAAAAUGAUCCAAAAAUAACGUUUCCUAAUGCUAACAGUUUAAUUAUUCGCUUUAUUGUUCAACUUGUGUUAGCAGUUAGCUUGAUUAGCUUGACCUGAAAAUCAGCGAUAGUCGCAGUGUUAACAAAUACUGGCAUCACAUAGUCUUUUCUUUUCUGUUUUUUUUAUUUUUGUUUAUUAUUGGCAGCAUUUUUAUCUCAAAGUCUAAAAUGUUAGCGAGUGUUUGUAUUUCUUUAAAAUGAAGCUGUUAUUUAUGAUGAUGUUGUAUCAAAAGCUGAGUCAUGUUAGCAGUCAUCUACAUUUGCUAUGCUACGGAGCUAAUAAAAUCUGUAAAAAUAGCCUACUGUUUUAGUUUUACCUCGGCUCAGAGUGAGUUGGCUGUAAAGCUAGCAUAACAAAAAUUAUGUUAUUGUUAGCAAUCUACAUUAGCUUUGUCUUGAAAAAAAAAAAGUGCAGCAAUAGCUUAUAUUAGCUAGCUAUGUUAGCCUUAUGUCAAAACUAUUAAGGUCUGUAAGCCUUCUAAGCCAACAUUCAUGUUUAUCUAUAUGCUAACAGUGAAUAUUGAACUAUGGCCACAUAUUAUUAUCAGCCCUGUCACUUUACUUUCUUGUGUUCUUUUGAGUAGAACAUCGUUGUUCGCCUUUAAAUUGGUGGUGAUGCACGGUUCAUUGGGCGGAGUUAGUGAUCACAUGUUUUAAAGUAAACCAUAAUAGUUUCUAGCUAUCAAUAAUGCAGACAUCAGUAAUUUAAGCUAAUGCUAUAAACCUUAAUUCUAAGGAAUGGUUAACAUAGAUAACUUCAAAGUGAAACUAACAUCAAAGCCAUUUUAGCUUUGUUAACUGGUUGUUUUGGUAGCUAGCAUUGAGCUACAUCAGAAAAAACAAAUUAAUUAAACAAAUGCUAUCAUAUAGAGGUGACAGCUAUUUUUAGCUGUCAGCAAAUUACACUGUUAUUAUCUUAGCUGGUUUGGAGGUGAAGCUCAUUUUAUUUAUAUUUAUCUCUUAGCCCAGUUUUGGAAGUUAGCAUGAUAGCACUGGCCUUAGGUAAAGCUAAUUUAACAAAGGCACUGAUUUUUGAAGGUAGCAUUGCAGAUAAAAUGUUGAUUUUAAGCGUUUGAGCAUUUUUGGCUAUCAUUAGCAUAAUGUCAUCUGAUUUAACUGGCUGAGUUCUUAACAAUAGCUAAUGUUAGCUGUGAGCUAGCAUUGUCCUAAACAUCUGUAUUCUUAUGUAAUCUUCAAGCCAUUUGCCUACAUUUAAAGACUAAAUUGCUCUGUGGUAUUAGCUUGUAUUAGUAGUUAGCUUGUUUUCUUUCUUUCUUUUUUUUAAUAUAUUUUGUAAACUGCCAUGCUGACAGAGUUGCUGGGUUAAAGAUGAACGUGUUGUGUAAUCAGAGGAUCAUUUUGGAGUUUCUUGUCCAGAGUACAUUCAAGUUCUCUGGUUUGGAUUUGAGGGUGAAGUCUCGUCUGCGCUCCCCGUCUCUGAAUGUGAAGGUGUUUGUAUUUUGCUGAUAGUCUGGUCCAUUAUCUCCCUUCUCUGCUCCCAUAGCAGCUGUACAGAAGUCCUCGGUGGAUGAGUUCACACAAGAAAUGCCGGGACUCUGAUUGAUCCGGAUCAUUCGUGGAUUGUGUGAACCAGCCGUUCUGUGUGCACUGUUCUGGAUCACAUGAUCUUUUCUUAAUAAAGACUCAACAAAAACUCA